AUGGCCGCCUUAGCAACCACACCACAAGAUGAUCAUCCGGAAGUGGAAGCCUCUGGUGUCCGACAGGCCUGUACUUCACUGCUCAGCAGUGAUGGUGUGGAUCACAGGCUGGAGAGACAAAAAGCUGUACAGUUUCUCAGAGAGGCUGAGAACAACAGGAGGCAGAUUGAAAAAUUGGAGAAGGAGAAGAUGCUGAGUGUGCAAUGCAGAAAGAACGGAUGGACAGAUCUAUCAGGGGAACUGGACGACUACGAGAAAGUGCUUGAACAAGAGAGAAAUGCUGAGAAGUUGCAUCUUCAGAUGCAGCUAGUGAAGAUUCAUAACGGUGUGAGGAAAUUUCAGAGACAUCUAAUUGAUGUGAAACCGACUCCUGAGCUGAUUGAAAGACUGAAGAAGAUCAUGUCAGAAGUGGAAAUCUCUAUCAACACUCUAAAGGAAGAGCAACGGUCAUGCUAUGAGGAGUUUUUGAAGGAGGAGAGGAUAUCCAGUCAGGAAAUCGCUGCCUAUGAGAAGAAGAUUGAAAACUGGAGCCUUGCUGUAAAACCAAAUCUCAGAAUGCACACCGCUCCCUCGAUGAAGCCCAAACUGCUGGACAGAGACCUGCCUGCAGAGGUCAGAGCGCUGGAGGCUUUCCUGCACCAGACUGGGGGCCAGUAUGGGGGCUGGGACCAGUUUGAUCACCAAGCAUUCAUGAAAGUCUGGAAUAAGCACAGCGGGAAGCCAGUCUACAGGAAAGAGGCCAAACUGUACCUGCCCGGCAAAACACUGGAGGAGAUAGAGCAGCAUGAGGACUGGCAUCGGGAGCUGCUGUGCCUGCAGGGCAAGAAGAGAGAGGCUAUUCAGCGGUGGAAAGCUGGAAAGAAUCAAGAACGCCUGAACAGGAUCCAGGACCAGGUGAACAAAGAAGAGGCAGAAAGGAGGGAAAAGGAGGCCAAAAGGGAGCAACACAGGACUGAGGAAGAGAAGAGGGAGCUUGCACUGCGACUGGAGGCUUGGAGGGAAGAGAAAAAAAGGAGAGAAGAACAAGAAGAGGAGCAGCGGCUGGCUGAAAAGAUACAAAAACAGAGACGAGAAAAGGAGGAGCGGCGCCGCCAGCUGGAGGUGAAGAUGACCCUAGAGGAGCAACUCCGAGUGAGGAGAGAAGAAGAGGAGGAACAGGAGUGGAGGAGGAGAGAGAAGGAACAAAGAGAAAAGGAGGAGCGAAGGAAAGAGGCAACAAAAUGCAUCAAACACUUCAGUGAAAGGGAUCUACACAACGUGGAGGUAAGGAUCCAUGAAAAGCGGCUGAGGGAACAAGAGGAGGAGGAAAGACAGAAGAGAAUCACUGCUAAGCUGAAGGAGAAGAUGGAUGGUCAUGUCAACAGAGAUCCCUCCAGACUGACCCGCCCCACUAAAGGAUGGCAGGAGCGAAUGAAACACUUGGGACCCUCAGAAGACGCAGGACCCUCAUUACAGAUGUUUCAUAGGGCCGUUCCAACAUGGAGACAAGGCCUGUGAUAAAUUAGCCUCAAUUGAUCUGAAAUGUUUGAUGGAAAUUGAAUUAAAGCAGAAAUUGCAUUGAAACAUUGAAACAUUUGGGCUACUACAACAAACUGUGCCUUUAGUUGAACUUGAAUUGUGUUGCUAUUC